AUGGCCGACAACCUUGAGAAUCCUCUUCACUGCGGUUGUGAACAGCAGGAGCUGUGGGAGUGGCUUAGGGAUCACCAAAAGCUCGUGGGUCUCACCAAGUCUAACCUCAGGUGUGAACACCCUCCAGAGCUCCGUGGCCUCCUUUUCCUGGAACUGGAGCCUCCACGGUUCUGCUCUGCCCCUCUGGUUCUCAAACUUGCUAUCCAGGACAUUCAGCCUUUCAGCGUCCUCGUUUCUUGGCAAAGUCGCAACCACUCCGGCCUACAUGGAUAUAGGGUCGCGUACCAUGCUUUGGACAAGAAAGGACCUGCCGGAAGAGAGGCGGUGCGUGGAAAGUUCCUGGACAGAUCAGCAAGGUCAGUGAAACUGGUCAGGCUGUUUCCGGAUACUCGCUAUCUGAUCUGUGUUCUUGGGCUGGGCAGUUGGGGCCCACCCCUCAGUCGCCAGCAGGCCAACAUGACCGGUGAGGUGCUCUUGGGGGACCCUGUGCCACACCUCACUGACUCCCAGAUGAGCCGGUGUACCGAGGUGCGCACUCUGGAGGGGGAGGAAGGUCUAGAGAACCAAGACCGUGGGAGAGGAUCCAUCCUGACUCGUCGUCUGGGUCUGAUCGUCGGCAGUUGCAUGGGGUUUGUCGUCUUCAUCGUCCUGGUCUCCGUCCUGGGCUAUCUAAAGCUAAAAAAACAGAGGGAAUGUGCUAAGAGAGAACAGCCAGGCCCUGCAGAGUAUCUCUCCUACAGACACUUCUCUCUGCAGACCGCAGACCCUCUAGGACCCUCCUAGCAUAUUGCCAAUCCCUUGGAAACCUCCACCAAGGGAUGUGACCUGUACAUUUAACCCCUGCAUUUGUGUAAGUUAACGUAUGCAGCACGAUCAAGACUAUACAAUUGUUUGCUAAAAAUGUGUUACUAAGGAUCUAUUUUGUCAGGACUGGGAUUUUAAACAAAUGAUUCCAUCUUAUAGAUAAAAUAUUUAAGUACGCUUCGUAUUUGAUCGAAUAUGUUAUUUUCAGAAUAGAGCUUUUAAUGAUUUUACUAUUGUAGCUACGUUAUAUUGACCCGUUUAGUGUUAAAAACACAUUUUGAAAAUUAUAUUCGUGGUGCAAAAAGGUGGUAAGACGCAGUGUGUAUCGUCAUAGCCGAUCUAUAGCUGAGAUAUUUACUCAAUUAACAGGAUUGUUUGUCUAAGCACUGCCAAAACUUUAGUUAUGACAUUUCUAUGACGUCUGCGGGAUUUUUCAUAAAAAGUAUGUUAGGUGGUAGGUUGUUUAUUUAUACAUUUUUGAGAUGAAAUACAAGCUGUACAAAUGUUGAAGGAGUCACUUAAUUCUUCGUAAAUCGUUAUGUUUUAAACUAGCUUGGCUCCUGUUUUGAACAUGUGUAUAUCUGGAAUUAAAAAAUGUAAUGGUAGGUCGUGGAUGUCUACGGAUUUUUGAUUGACUUAAUUCAGACAUGCGUCCACUAGUUUUAUGACAACGUGCCAAAGUGAGUUAAAUUGACUUUAAAAUGUAUUGUUAAUAUGUAAAAAACUACUUUCGACCCAAUUAAAUUAUUUCUAUAUUUUACUUUACUGUUCCAAAUUAAACAUACGAGAGUUAUGAUUAUUAGGUUUAAAUUUAACUAUUUAAGGUGGUGUGCUAUUUCAUGAACUUAACCCAAUUAAACAUGUAGGUAUCUAUAAACCGUAAAGUGUAGAACUGACGAUAAUUCCUAUCUAGGGGAUUGCAACAGUUAGCCUACGGUAAAAGAUAGUCGUAGUCACUACUUUUAACCUCACCGAGUCCACGUUUUAUAUAAUAUUAUGUGUUUGUAUUUUUAGUAUUUAUUACCGUACGAUAAGACGAUGGUGUUAUGUAAUAUAUUUAGUAAAAGAGAUCUGUGUACAGUUAUUUGUAAGGUUUUGUGCUUAAGACGAAACGGGUAGUAUCCGAGUUUGAACGAACAUGAAACAAACAUCCUAUAAAGAGAAAUUGUAACAACACCAAAUAAUACGUAUAAUACAUUUUAGUAGACUGUUUUAUUUAUUCUUUAAGGAUAUGUAUACUUUUUCAUUAUUGUAAAAAUAAAUGUAAUUUAGGGACAUCAUAUAGAUAUGUCAAGAAUUUACUCUCAGCUUAUGUGUAUAAAUGUUGUGAACCUUAAUGUAUAUAUUUGCUCAAUUGUAUGGAUACUAACAAAGAUAUGUAUUUAAAUGUAUCCAAUUUUUAAUAGUUUGGGGAAAGGUCGGGUAUUUAUACAUAGCAGUGCUUUUUUAAAUUCAAAAUACGGAACUAAGCAAAUUUCAAAAAUUUAAUCUUUUCUUAAAACUUUUCCGUCGCUCAUAUAGUACAAUAUCAGUCUACAAAUUUACCAUAUGAUAAUAGGGUAAAUAUAUAAUGCAUAUUGUAGCUAUUGUUCUCAUACUUCAAUGGCCAAUUUUCAAUUAGGACGAAUAUUGUUUAUGUUUAUCAUAAAACAGUACAUAACUAAUUAUAUUUUUAUUUGUAUUAGCUAUCUAAAUGUUGUAUUUUUGUCGACUAACUAAAGUUUUUAAAUAGAAUAAAUUCGCUAUUUUAAAAGGACAUAAUUAUUUAAAAUGGUGUUAAUAUCACUAACAAUUGUUUGUGUAUGAGGUCCUAUUGUUUAUAAUUUUUACAACGGAAUUUCUAUACAAAAUUAUUAAAUUAAUAAUUAAAUAACGCA